AUGCAUUUGAAGGAUAUCUGCCUUCCAGGAGUAUGGAGAAGUCGAAAGGCUCUGAAGAUAGGCUUUUUGGCAGUUUUCCUGAUUGGACUUAUUUCAAUUUGCUUUUGGACAGGCAUUGAUACAAUAACCAGUAAGCUUGAAGGAACACAACUUGUUAUAUGGGGCUUAAGAGCAAAUGGUCAUGAUGACAAGACCGAACAAUCAAUUUCACAAGGGACUCCCGAUGCUAUUGAAGAUGCUAGGGAGCAGUACUACAGAUUAUUGGACCAAUCACUUGAGAAAAUGAAUCUUAUGCCAUUGGGACACUACCACUCAGAGGUACCAUCUUUAUAUUCUGGUCCAAGGGGAAUAUUAAAACAGAUAAAUAAUGCGAAAAGCACACACAUUAAUGCAUACUUAGGAAAAAGAGAGAAGGAUGAUGAAGAUGUCUGUGGCCAGUUGAGAUUUAGCAAAUCAAACGAGAAAGAGGACUUGGAUAUUAAAUAUUCAGAAGCCAAACAGUUGGGUAGUGAAGUGAAUACGGAUGCAUUACUAAGGUAUCUAAAUGUGUCUGGAUAUGGAACCAAAGUCCCGAAAAUCAACAUGUCGAAAAUGGAAAACGAUCGCUGGUACAGAUUUUCUGGUUCGGCAAUUUGGUUAGAAGAUCAACAAUGCUACUUUGAAGUGGACCGGGUGAUGUAUGCACCAAAGUCACGAAGUGUUCCAUGGUUGUCGUUAAUAUGGAUGCAGUUGUUUGACAAGAAUUUCAAUGAAAUCAAGAAUAAAAGACUCCGGUUUAUGGAUCUUUCAAGUGAAGAGAUUGAAAAGGUAUUAUUAGAACUUCGAAAAGAGGAUGUCAAUAAAGAUGAAGAGAAGCGAGAAAGGGUCUUGGAUAAAAUAUCCAUUAAAUUUCCUACUGUGAUGGACAUUUCGUUCACAACUGAAGACUUUGGUAGACCGCAGGGACCUGAAGAUCCUAGAAUAUUUGCAAGGCUAGAUGAUGAAGGUAAAACAGAGCCAGUGGUCAUAUUUAAUCAAGUUAACGACCUUAACCAUCGGGCCAUGUUUGCGGGAUUUCCUUUAAGAAGAAAAAGUAGCAAUGCAGAACAUAGUGUGCCCACCAUACAGUUCAACUUUAGGCCAGAAACAAAACUCAAACUCAAGUCAAUCGAGAAGAAUUGGAUGCCAUUCGUUGAAAAGGCGGCCGAUUCAAAUAUUGUUAGCUUCAUAUAUGAAUUGGAUCCAUUAUCAAUUCUCCAAUGUACUUUAGAUGAUGGCCUUUGCGUUAUGGUUCAGAAAGCAGAAGAUAAGGGAACUAGGAUGGGAGCCCAGGUGUCCCUAAGAGGGGGAACAAAUUUUAUUCCAAUACCAGAAAUUGUCAUGAAUGAGAUUUUUACAAAGGAGGAGAUGGCCAAAUACAAUAUAAAGAUAUGGAUAUCCUUUAUAAAGUACCACGGAUGGAAAAGUGGGUGUGGAACUUCUACAUAUAGACCUGCACUUUCUGCUUUGAUCAAAACAAAUGAUAAUUACAGAAUUGGUAUGAUGUCUGGAGCAUUUGAUUUUGGAAUAGAUGUGCUCUCUUUUGAUGGAAAGUCGGUGAAGUGUGAUGCUGGAGGUCCAAAUGUUCUUACUCCAAAUAGCAUUCCAUUUUGGAAAGUUAUGAAAUUGAACAAGAAUAAGGAUGGGGAGAAAAGUAAGGGCGAUAAGAAUGAAGGGAAAAGUAAGGACAAAAAGGAUGGAGAGAAAAGUAACGAUACUAAAGAAACAAACGAAGUAGUUGAUGAACCUAAAGAUUCUAGUAUGCCAUCCUAUAGGGAUCUUAUGGGACUUACAAUUAGUGAGGCAGAUAGAAAUGUGAAAAUUUUGUUUAUCAACAAUCUUGUGAAUUAUUUGGCUAGCUCAUUCAAGAAAAGUUUCCGGGAUAACUUACAAGGCUUUGGUGAUAAUUCGGCACAGGAAAUGGUCGACAUAGAGAAAUGUGCGGCUUAUGAUUUCUUGCAAUACUGCAAAAAUUAUGAGAAAGCACAUUAG